AUGGCACCCACAUCAAUGCCAACAUGGAGGAGACUUCCCAUCGCAGAUACCAACGAAGUCCUUAGUUCCCUGCUUUUUUUCACAUUCGAAAGGGAUGAAGGUGGAAUCGACUUGUCAGUCACAGAUCUGGUCCAUAUCUGGCGUGCCGUCAAAACAUCAAAGCAAGAGUUGAAAGAAGAGGCCAUCAAGACACGAUGCAGCAUUGACCCAACCGAGGACGAGGAGCAAUACGAAGUACUUCUCAACAAGCUCGAGGAAUCCAUCUCCGGCUCCCACGGGUCACAAGUUAGACUUCUCAGACAUACCGAGCAUUCCAUCCCCGAGCGCUUCGAGAUAGAGACCUCGAUCCCGCUCCCCACUCCCCUCGGCACGCUGCAAUGGAGCUUCCGGAUGGUUCGCCAAGCACCGUCUGCCCUGACGCGGGAGCUGGUGGUGCCCGCGCUGCGGGUCAUCGACGCCAGCAGGAGACGCGAAGAGGACCUCCGCCGGAAGAUCAAGGACAAGGAUCACGUUAUCGCGAAGCUGAUGGAUAAGAUUGAAGGUUCGGGCAUGGAUCUCGCGAUGGUGUUUCCCGGCUUUGCGGGCGCGAGGAAGGCGCUUAGUGCGAGGCAGGCGGCUCAGCUUGUUCCCGGGGUCAAGGCUUUUCGAGUGGAGGAGUGGGGUGCGGAUCUGAAGGACGGGGAUGAUGGGGGGUUAAGGGAGAUUGUGGAUGCGUUGAAGGAUGAGGGGACGGGGAAGGUGGUGUGGAGGCCACCGAGGGCGGCUGGCGAGGGAGUGCAUGACGACCUGCCUGAGCGAGGAUGGAGGCAUACUUCGGUUACAGAGCCGAAGAGAAACCAACAAACAUCUAUCGACCAGCCACCCUUUCACAAUAACGAUCCUGACUCGUCGGAAUCCUCUUCUGGUGGGAACAUCAGAAAACUCGGCCACCGCCUGAGCUCCUCUGAUUCCUCAUCAGCUCCUGUCCGAAGCAGAAACACCAAUCCAAAGCCGCGAUCAGCAAAGCUAGGAACCUUAGGAGGGACGAAGAGCAAGCCCUUGUAUGCCACCAAGCAAGAUUCGCCCUCUCCAUUCCCGGAACCACCUGCAAAAGCUCCAAGGAAGUCGCCGUCCACAUCAACAGACACCGCCACAGAAUCAGAAUCAGAAUCAGCAGUAGCAGCAGUCCACAGCGUCGCUGAUCGCAGCACAGCAACUCCCAAGAAGAACCCAGCCGUGAAGAUGGGCAUCAUCGGGGGCAGGAGACCCCCAACAAGCAGCAAAGAGCCGCAGAUGCCAACCCAAUCCGCCGAGCCACCCGCUCCGACAAAACAACGCACGCCUGCCAGACCCCGCCCGAAACUCGGCGCCAUCGGAGGCAAGAAGAGCAGGACGGCCAGCCUCUCUCCCGCCGCUUCUCUCAGCCCCACCGUCUCGCCAGGCCACUCUGCUCCUCCUCCACCCGCAGUUGACGCGAAGCAACGCGCCACAGGUUCUUCUGGUGCGCGGAGGCGUUCCAGCACUCCGCCCAAGAUGGAGGAGCAGCCGAUGACGGAGGCGGAGAGAGCGGAUCAGAAGCGGUUGGAGCUCAAGAGACAGCUUGACCAGCGGGGAGGCGCGGGGAGGAAGAAGAGGAGAUUCUGA